UUGCAUGAAUCUGAAUCUCCCUGCCGUGAGAAUACGCCGCCGCCGAGCAAUCCCACCUCCCGCCGUCGCCCCAAGCACCCAAGAUCCACCUCAAUACCGACGCGUCGUCCCCCAUAUUGCACGGCCGGACGCCUAACUCCCCUCCACCGCCACCCUCCUAGGCUGCGUCACCUUGCUGCGCUGCCACCGAGCCAUCUCACCUUCCGCCGCCGGCCCCAAACAGCCAAGCUGCACUUCAGCCCCUCCCGAUCCCUGCACCUAGCAGCGCCGCCAACCAGUGGUAUGCCAAUCGCCGCCUCACCUGAAGCUGUACGAGCAAAGCGCCCCUGCAUAGAAUUUCUGUCACAUCUGUACCGCCGUCCAGCUGUCUGACAAUUGCCGCCUACACCAGCACCAAAGACACGCCCCCACAUAGAGUGGGUAUGGAUGUACAAAUCAGCAAGGUACUUUUGCGUUAUCCUAGAGGAAGUAGCAGGUACUUGGCUGGCGUAGAUGGAUUUUUGGAAUUUGCAUAUAAAGAUAAGACAGAAGAUACCACGAUCCUUUGUCCAUGUGAAGAAUGCGUGCACACUUCUGUGCUGUCAAAGGAUCAAGUCCGUGAUCAUUUGAUCUGUAAUGGAAUUCUUCAGAGUUAUGACAAAUGGGUUUUUCAUGGCGAAUCUUCAGAUGAGCACAAUAAUGAUCAGCAACCACAACCUCACAAUGAAGAAAUGCUUGCUGACAUGCAUGGGUUGAUUAAUGAUGCCUUCAGGAAUAUGUAUGAUGAUGUGCCAAUGAGUGAGAGUCCAGAUCCACCGAAUCAACAUGGACCAAAUUUAGAAGCCGAGGAAUUUUACAAACUGAUCAAUGAUUCGAAGAAGCCUUUAUGGCCGGGAUGUGGAUUAUCACAACUAUCAUUACUUGUGAUUUUGUUUAAUACAAAAUCCAUGAACAAAUGGUCUGACAAGUCAUUUGGAGAUCUACUUGAUACUCUACGCAUGGCAAUUCCAAACGGAGAUGAGCUGCCCCAGAAUUUCUAUGAGGCUAAGAAGAUUUUUUCAAAAUUUGGCCUAGAUUAUAAAAAAAUGCAUGCUUGUCCAAAUAAUUGCCAGCUGUUCUAGAAAGACACAGAAAAUGAUGAUUUUUGCUCAAUCUGCAAGGCCUCUAGGUGGAAAGAUAAAGAACCGGAAACAAAGUUAACAAAGAAGGAAAGAAAAAAAGCAACACCAAGCAAAGUUUUACGUUACUUUCCAACCAAGGAUAGGUUGAAAAGAUUGUUCAUGUGCAAAGAGACAGCACCUCUUUUGCGAUGGCAUGAUGAAGAGCGCAUUAAGGAUGGCGCACUACGACAUCCAGCUGAUUCCCCAGCAUGGAAGGUUUUAGAUGAAAAGUACUCAAAAAUUGCAUCUGAUUGCCGUAAUAUAAGGUUUGGCUUGGGUACUGAUGGAUUUAAUCCUUACGGAAUGCUGAGUUCUAGUUAUAGUUGUUGGCCAGUUGUUUUGACAAUAUAUAAUCUGCCUCCAUGGUUGUGCAUGAAAGAAUCAUAUCUUUUGCUAUCUUUGAUAAUUCCUGGGUCCAAAAGUCCAGGAGAUAAUAUUCAUGUCUUUCUCCAGCCACUUUUGGAUGACUUGAAAGACUUAUUUCUGAAUGGAAUGCUCACAUAUGAUGUGUCUAAAAAUGAAACCUUCACUUUGCGAGCAGUUGUGUUAUGGACUAUAAAUGAUUUGCCAGCUUUAGGAAUGGUUUCUUCACAUAAGGUGCAUGGAGAAUUUGCAUGUCCACCAUGCGGGGCAGAUGCAUGGUCCAAGCGAUUGAAGCAUGGAAAGAAAUCAUGCUUUAUGGAUCACCGCCGAUUUCUGCCUCCUAGUCAUAAGUUUCGUUUUGAUGAAAAGUCUUUUGAUGGAACGGUGGAGCAUAGAGCAGAGCCUCAAACUUACUAUGGGCGUCAGGUUGAAGAAGAAAUAAAGGCUCUUGGUGAUUUUAAGCAGUCAAAAACUUACAAGGGAUUAAGUAGUCUAUUUACACUACCCUAUUGGGACUAUAAUCUCGUUCGACAUAACCUGGACGUGAUGCAUAUAGAGAAGAAUGUGUGUGAUAAUAUUUUGGGCACACUUUUAGGUUUAGAUGGGAAGUCAAAAGAUAAUCUUUCUGCUCGUCUAGAUCUUAAAGAAAUGAAUAUUAGAGAGGACCUACAUCCAGAGCAACAACCUUCAGGCAAGUUUUACUUACCACCCGCAUUAUUUACCAUGUCCAGAAGUGAGAUAAAAUUGUUCCUUGAAGUUCUUGAGUCUAUAAUGGUUCCCGAUGGCUAUUGUGGAAAUAUAUCUAAAUGUGUGAAGCCUGCUGAAGGAAAAAUUUCUGGGCUAAAAACACAUGACUGCCUUGUCCUACUGCAACAAUUCAUGCCUAUCGCUUUGACGGGUAUUCUUCCAGAUCGUGUCACAACAGUACUAUUUGAAUUAUCUGCUUACUUCCGAGGAAUAUGUUCAAAAGUUCUCCAUGUAAAUGAGCUUGACCGUUUGGAAGAAUCAAUUAGAAUCACACUUUGUAAAAUGGAGAUGAUAUUCCCUCCUGGGUUUUUCACCGUCAUGGUUCAUUUAGUUGUCCAUUUAGCAACUGAAUGUAAACUUGCUGGACCAGUUUGCUAUCGAUGGAUGUACUUUAUUGAAAGGUACCUUGGUAAAUUGAAGUCAUAUGUUCGCAACAAAGCUCGCCCUGAGGGUUCAAUUGCUGAAUCAUAUUUGGCGGAUGAGUGUAUGGCCUUUUGUUCAAGAUACUUAGAGGGUUUCUCUACUAAGCACAACCAACCAUCAAGGAAUAAUGACAAACCAAAUGAGAAUGAAUCUACCAUGUAUGCAAAUGAAUCCACAUUAUUUCCUCCAGUAGGGAAUCCAUUGGGAAAACCACGCACCUACACAUUGAAUGAUAUGGAGUCCUUACAAGCCCAUAGAUUUGUGCUCUACAAUUGUGAUGUUGUCACUCCAUAUCUCAUAGCACAUGGUACUGAACUAAAAAGGAAAAACCGCAACAAGCGCCUAGCACUAAAAACCAUUGAGCGCAUGCAGCAUGCAAACUUCCCUGAUUGGUUUAGAGAUCAUGUAAUGCAGCUAGAGCAGCAAAGGGGUACUGACAGCAUUGAUGAUGAUAUUAGAUGGUUGGCUCGUGGUCCAAUUGAGGUUGCACGAAGAUACAUAGGCUUCUGUACCCGUGGAUAUAGAUUUAGACCCAAGCGUUAUGAUAAGAAGACUCAAAACAGCGGAGUUGUUUUGACCGCAAAAACAUCAAGUUAUGCUUCUGCAGGUGAUACUAACCCUAUACUUGGAGAUGUCAUGUACUAUGGGAAGAUACUUGACAUAAUUGAGUUGAAUUAUUAUAGAAAAUUUUCGGUGGUGCUAUUCAAAUGUGAAUGGCUUAAUAGUACUAAAGAAAAAGAAGUAAAAAAGGAUAGAUUUGGUCGUACGCUUGUGAAUUUUUCACAAGUCCAUAGUGGUGACAAGAUAGAGGAUGAGCCUUUUGUAUUUGCCAAUCAAGUUGACCAAGUUUUCUAUACGAAAGACCAUACAAAUCCUGGAUGGUCAUUUGUGACGAAGGUGACUCCUCGAGACAAUUUUGACAUGGGUGAAGAAUGGAAUGAUAUAGAAAGUGAACCUUAUCAUGUCAGUAAUCUGGGUGAGCUUUUUGAUACUGCGCAUGGGAAUGAAAUGUGGACUAGAAGAGAUAUAGAAGGCACAACUGUAGAUCCUAUUACAAGUUCUGAUCCUGAAGCUUCAGAACUAAAUGAAAGCUGAUGCUGCGGUGAAGUUAUUUUGAGAGUAAUGCCAAUGUUGCUGAACAAUCAUUGAAAGGAGAUGCCGUUGAAACGUCGCCGUCGAAGCAUGUUCCUGAACUUCAAUCUAUCAGAUACAUGUAGCCAAGGAAAUACCUCAGUUUGUUAGCACACCUACUUGUCCAAGUCCAGAUGAGGGGCAUGCAUCCUUUUUAGUAUUUACCACCAUUUCUGCUACCUGUUAAGGUUCACUGCCCCGUAUAAAUUUCUCCUUGCUCAGUUACAGUUAGGAUUCAGUGGUAAAUUAUCAGAUGUGGCAGUUGUUCAUUCAAUGUUGAAUAUACUGGAUUUUUUUUAUUUCUCGGGAAUUUGAACACACUUUGUUUUCUCAUGAAUUUGAACAAAG